CGCCCCUCUUGCGCAUGCGCACUGCGCCGCCUGUGCAGUGUUGUGCUGUGUUAGCAUCAGCUAGCAUCAGCUAGCAUCAUGUCUCGGCUCUCGUACAGUAAACUCUCUCGUCUCCUGAGACUCGACCUCCUCAAAACUUCCGCUUCAGCCUCAGACAAAAAACUCGGAGCUUCGAGCUUCGUUCACAACAAACGCUGCCAGUCUCAGGCUCCAGGUGAAGCCGGGACCUUCCAGGACAGACAGAGGCAGCUCAUGUCCAGAGGCCUCCCCAGAAAGAAGCACAUCUCUGGGGUCCAGCAGGUCAUCGUGGUGGCGUCAGGGAAGGGGGGCGUAGGGAAGUCCACCACCGCGGUGAAUCUGGCUCUGGCUCUAAUGGCCAAUGACCCGUCCAAGUCGGUGGGACUGCUGGACGCUGACGUCUACGGCCCGUCCGUCCCCAAACUGAUGAACCUGAGAGGAAACCCGGAGCUCAGCGACAGUAACCGGAUGAUCCCACUGGUCAACUACGGCGUCCCCUGCAUGUCCAUGGGCUUCCUGGUGGACGACGUGUCCCCCAUCGUGUGGAGAGGACUGAUGGUGAUGUCCGCUCUGGACAAGCUGCUCCGACAGGUGGACUGGGGCUCGCUGGACCUCCUGGUGGUGGACAUGCCCCCCGGGACGGGAGACGUCCAGCUGUCCAUCACCCAGAACGUCCCCAUAGCCGGCGCCGUCAUCGUGUCCACGCCGCAGGACAUCGCUCUGCUGGACGCGCGCAGAGGAGCUGAGAUGUUCAAGAAGGUCCACGUCCCGGUCCUGGGUCUGGUCCAGAACAUGAGCGUCUUCCAGUGUCCAAACUGUCUCCAUCAGACUCACGUGUUCGGUGCAGACGGAGCUCGCCGUCUCGCUGAGUCUCUGGACGUCGCGUUUCUAGGAGACGUCCCCCUGCACCUGAACAUCAGAGAGACGUCAGACAGUGGACAGCCGGUGGUCGUCUCCGCUCCGGACAGCCCCGAGGCCGACGCGUACAGGAAGGUGGCGUCCGCCGUCGUCCAGAGACUGAAGGACGUCUCGUCUCCGUGACGACGUGGAGACGAAUGUUUAGCGACGUCGCUGCUGUUAAACGCACAAUAAGUUAAAUAUUAAAAUCUGUGAACAUAUUUAAUAAAGUUGAACUUUUAGAAAUAUUUAAGUCGCCUGUUUGUCCGAAGAAAAAUAUAUAAUUAAUAUAAUAUCUGACAUUUAUGUGAAAACUGAUCAUCUGAUGAUGAAGGUGAUUUUUCAUUCAUUCAUUUGUUUUAUUUAUUUCUUUGUUUAUUAUCUUCCUCCUGGUUUCUCCUCUUUUAUUUGAUUGUUCCUGAUUUCAGUUCCUGGUUCAGCUCCAGUUUGAUCUGUAGCUGCUGAUAAAUUAUUAAUGAAUUACUUUAUUAAUCUUAUAAACUAUAAUCACCUAAAACCAGGAACUCUCCACUGGCCUGAUUCAUUUAGUUAUUUCAUGUUUAUUAUUUAUCAUUAACAUUAUUAGUAUUAGUCGUCGUAUUUUCCUGCUGAGGAGGAUGUGAUGAUGUUGAUGAUGAUUUAUUGACUGGUUUUUAUUGCUCUCUCUUUGCAUUUCUUUUGAAUUCCUCUGUGUGUCCGUGAAAAGCUGCAGGAACAGGACAAACGUCUCCUGUUCCUUUAGUUUGAGUUUCCAGGAUUCAGUGAAAACCUUGAGGAGCCUGAGCUCAGACGUUUGAAAGCAGCUAUCGCUGACUCAUUAGCUCCUUUGUUCAGCCUGUUUCCUCCUCCUUUAUUCUGCAGCUGCAUUCACGCCCGACUGAAAAAUCCACAUCAGCAGCUUGUCGCCAGCGUUCACAGCGUCUCCCAUCUCUGAUGGAGACGUACAAACAAAACAUGUUUCAUUUCAAUGUUCAUUUCAAUAACAUAGUCAACCAACAAGGCUACGAUGGUGUCAGAGGAGUGUCCCCAUAUCCUUCCUAAGAGCACCUUCAUUUUUUAAGUUGCUCCAGUCUCAAAAUUUCAUUGAAGAUUUGUUUAAACUAGUGCUGUCGAAAUGAAUCAGAUUAAAUCUCCUUCAUGUUUAAUCUCUA